AUGUCUUCCUUCUUCUCCCUCUUCUGCUGCUGUGGCCACGACGGCGACAGCGCUAAGGCUGAUGACCAGAUUGACGAACACUCGCGUCUCAUCCCGUCCAACAUCGAUGCUACACCAAGUCCCAGUGUCGAGUACACAGACCAUCAAAGAAUGCAAGAACGACUGGUUACCAUCGUUCGCGCGAAGGAGAGGAAAAUGGUCAACCUCACCUCCCAAAUCCCUUUCAACCUUCACAACCGCAUAAUAACGCCCAAAUCAUCGCUCUCCCGCUCAGUUUCCCUUUCUACUGGUCGUCCGGAACCUUUUCACCCCACAUAUGACGUCCGCGAGCCGUUGACGGUUGAAUUGAGGUCGGAAGCACUCCCAACCGAUAAACCACGAAACGUUUCGGACUCGCACUCGCGGGAAGUCUCUAUUGCACGCGACCCAGAGCAGCCACGAGAGCCUGUCUUCAAUGUCCGAUUGGUCAAACCUGAACCGACUGUGCCCCAAAGAAUAGGCCGACCAAGGCAUCGCGCUUUUGGCUCCCCAACGCCGAGUACCAGAAAUGCAGAAACAUUUUCAGAUGCGUCCUCAGCACAGGUACCGUCCCCAUCUGACAUACAACCGCUGGACGAAAUAUGUUGGAACUGGGGCGACCCGACGCCUUCACCGGAAAACUAG